AUGGUUACAUAUCGUCAUUUUCUAUCGGUUGCAUUGCUAAUAUUACUAAUUGAAACAAUUCAUAGUCAAAUUACAUUCGAAUCAUUAUGUUCACCUGAUGUCGAAGUUGCAGGAAUGUCAUCAAUUGAUGGCAAUGAUGAAUUUGAAAUAGAUCUUUUCGAAGGAAGGUUUUUACCUGAAGAUACAAUUUUAUUGGCAAUAAAACAAAAAAAGCAAAACUAUGGUAUUAGUGAAUUUGUAUUACGUGCAUUUGAUUAUGAUGGAAAUAUUAUUGGACGAUUUGACGAUCAACCAACAGGAAAUUUAGCAUUAAGACAUCAUACAUGUCCAAAUGGUGCUAAUGUUAUUUAUCUUGAUCGAGCUGAAAGUCGUGGUUAUCGAGAAAUUCCAUUACAAUGGAGGGCUACUGGUUUUAAUCCGAAUAUUGAUGAAGUUACUUUUAAAGCAGAUAUUAUUUCAAAUCGACAGUUAUAUCGAGUGAAAUCAGCACCUUUAAAACGACGUUUAGCAUCUGGAGUAGUUCCUUAUUUAGAUCGAUCAAUUAAUAUUGAUUAUUGUGGUGAAUCUCAAGGUUGUUUAAUUGUUCCACAACAAUGUAAUAAUGAUGCUAAAUGUGAAUAUACACUUUCAUGGCAAGUACCUAAUGAAGAUUCAGCGAAAUUUCAUAUUGUUGCAAGAGCACAAGGUUUUGUUGGUGUUGGAUUUUCAAAUGAUGAAAAACGAGGUGAUGAUCAAGUGGUUUUAUGUACAAGAGAUGCUCAAGGACAUGUUUAUGUACAUAAUAUGUUUGUUGGUGUUCAAACUCCACAAUAUGUUUUACGUGGACGACCAGCUUAUGGUUUACAAGACACCGAUGGUUAUUCAAAUGCAACACACAUUAUUUGUAAAUUUACGCGAAAGCUAUCACCAUUUACAGACACAUCGGUAGAUAAUGAUGGACGACCUACUGAUGGAGUUGAUCGAGAUAAAUUUGUUGAUUUAAAAAAGCCACAUUAUAUGUAUCCAAUCUAUUCUAAUGAAGAUUUAAUGACAGCACAAGGUAUGCGAAUUCCUAUCCAAGAUAUUCCAAUUGUUAAUAAUCAUCCAGUUAAUUUUGAACGUCGUCUUGUACCUAAAUCACAUCCAAGAGCAGCAUCCGUCUUAACAAAAAUUCAUGCUAUUUUAAAUAUAAUCGCUUGGAUUCUUCUUGCAUCAGCUGGUGUUAUGGUUGCUCGUUAUUUUGAUUCCGUUUGGCCAGAAUAUGAACGACGUGUUGUUGUUGAUGGUAGUGGUGCUGUUACAGGAGAAAGAAUUCAACGACGACGACGAAUUUCUUCUUUCACCAUAUUUCCACCUCUUAUGUGUCUUGUAGCUAUUUUAACAUGGAUUGCAUUCUUCUGCAUUCUUUUUGAACUUAAUUGGAAAUGGACAUAUGGAACACAUCAUAUGUGGCAUUCAAUUCUUGGUGUUAUUGUACUUGUCUGUGCAUUCCUUGCUCCAAUUGUCGGUCUUUUACGACCAACACCCCGUACAAAACGCUAUUGUUUUUGGUAUUGGAUUCAUUGGUUAGUUAUUUCCUUAGCUCAUUGUCUUGCUGUUCCAGUUAUCUUUUUGGGUAUGGAUAAUCGUCGAUUAGAUUUAUGGACAUGGUGUUCAUGGUUAUUAUUUGGUUGGUGUAUAUUUCAUUUUAUUGUUCAACUUAUUUUUGAAAUCCAUGCUUGUUGUUAUGCAAGACAAGAAUAUGAACGUUUUGAAGAUGGAGAUUAUUAUCCAGAAAAAAAUCCAGAUAGUCGUUUAAGACGUGAACGUGUCCCUAGUGAAUCAUGGAAACCAGCACUUUUAAGCAUUUAUUUAUUUGUGACAUUAAUUGUAGUUAUUAUUCUUGUUCUUGCUGUCAUCUUCUAUCAAGGUUAUUAG